CCUCUCCCCGCCUCUCUCUGCCCUUCCAACGGACAAACUGCCGACGUUGGAUGGAGAUAGCGAGGGGAUUACCUCGGAGAGAGAGGAGGAGGAGGAGAGAGAGAGGAGGAAAAACUUCUCCUUUUGUUUUUUUGAAGUCCCAUUUUACUCCAGCGGAGAGAAAGGAAGAAGAGGGGAGGUGUGUGUGUGAGGGAGGAUCGUUUAAGAUUUUCCAAAAGGAGGUGGACGGUUUUUUUUUUUUUUCUGGAACUCGGACGGUUGGUUUCAAAGUUGUGACACCCGAUCGAUGGAAAGUAGCUGCAGACCUACCUCACGACGUUUUUAGGAGGAUUUGCAUGAAGAGAAAGAAGAGAGGGAGGAAGAGGAACGAUGUUGUCGGUUUAGUUUUUAAAAAACAGAAAAAAAAGGGAAAAGUUGGGAGAGAAAACCGGUUUUCCCUGGUACCCUUACCGCCGCUUUUGUGUUUGUGAAUGGUGGUGGAGAUUUUCCUGACAGAGGAAGAAGAAGUUACAACGUUUACAACCGCCGGCACACACAGACUCAACGUCACCAAAACCGGCUCAGAUGGACCUGAGAUAACGGCACCAGAAGUUCUAUCCUUGUCCCGAACUUCAGCCUCCCACAUUUGAUCCAGAAUGGCAGAUCCCACUGAGCUGAGCUCCGAAGGGGUUGGGGCAGGCAUCGCCGAGGUUGACGCCUGCAGUUUGGAGAUAGAGCGAAAGUAUGACGUCAUCCCUGCCGUCAUCUGCUCCAUGUGUUGUCUGUUUGGCAUCAUCUACUGUUUCUUUGGUUAUCGCUGUUUCAAGGCUGUCAUGUUCCUGUCUGGUCUGAUGUUCGGCUCCGUCAUCAUCUUCUUGCUGUGCCACAAGGAGCACGUACUGGACACUCAGCUGAGCGUGGAGGCCAGCGCCGGUAUAGGCCUCGGUAUAGGCCUGCUCUGCGGUCUGGUCACUAUGCUGGUGCGAAGCGUCGGCCUCUUCAUGACCGGCCUUCUGCUGGGCCUCCUCCUGGCCCUCGCCGCCCUGCUGGUCACUCACCAGUUCUACACUCCUACCACAGUCUGGGUCCCACUGGGUGCACUCCUGGGAACAGGCAUGCUGUUCGCCGUGCUGACGCUGCAGUGGCAAAAGCUCUUCACCAUGAUCUCCACGUCUGUGUUCGGGGCAGCUAUCAUGACAGUUUGCGCUGAUUACUUUGUGGAGAUGCUGGCUUUGGCCACGCAUGUGUAUGAAUGCUUGCGCCUUACACCCGGGCCACCUCUCUGCUGGUACAGCUGGGUCAUUUUGGGAAUCUGGCCCGCCCUCAGCCUCAUAGGAGUACUGGUCCAGUGGAAACUGACAGAUGACAGCUUCUCACACACUGAGGUCGUUAUCAGUCGGAGGCAGAAGAGAGUCCAGCUGAUGCGGAUUCGAGAGAAGGACGCCAAGAAGCGACAGCAGGCAGGUGGGCAGGAAGGCACAUACCGCCGUAAACCCACCCCAGUGAAACGUUACGCUGGGGAUCUACUGGCACCGAGCUACCUGCAAAGUCUGCGGGACAGACAGAUGGGCACAGGCACUUCCCUUAGCAGCCUGGGCACUGCCAACCACACCAUGAUCGACAUGGACUAUGACACCGGGUCCACGGCUCCCCUACGGCUACAACACCAGUCGUCAGGGUCUGAGCAAGAAUUGCACAGCCACGUGUAGUGAUAAGAAGGAAUA